GUAGGUAGUUUUGGUAUCCAGCGAAUACUGUGCUUCUUUCUCUCUGCGUGUGUUAUCUAUCUUCAAGACUCCUCUCCUCACUCACUCUCUCUAAUUUUUCUCAGUACAGAGCAAAAACCCAGUACUCACAGUCCUCUCUUUCCCAAAAGCCAAACAGAAAAUCGUAGUCUUUCGGAGGCCGAUUCCGGACAUUUAUUCCCUCUCCCUUUCCGGUUAAAAGCCACUCCACUCACUCCUAUCUCUGCUUUUUUUCGGGUUUGAGCUUUACGGUCUCGUCACUAAGGUGGGGGGUAAGGUUUAAACUUUCUGAGAAAUUUCUCGUCCUUUGAUGGAGCUUUUUCUGCUUGUGACUAUUUAAUUCCUUCCAAGAUUUUUUUUUUUUUUUGGGUUUGGGGUUAGCUUCUCUCCGUUUCGAGGCUUCUCUUUAACGUGUUCCUCCUGAAUCGCUCAGGCUUUCCUUUUUAUCUUCUUCUUUAUUCUCUUCUCCCAAAGAAUCUCUCCCACCUUUUUCCAAUUUCUAGCUAUUUGACGCUCCCACUGGGGGGGGCUCUCUGACUCACUCACCUCGCUUUCAAUGCGAAUGAGCUGCGGUAGAAUCUGAAGAUUAUUUCCGAGUCUAUCUAGCCAUGAAUCCAGCCGUCAAGUACUCGCAGCACCGGAACCUCACCAAGCUCGUCUCUAAUUCCGAAGCCGAGGCGGUGCGGCCCAGGAUUGUACGGAUUUCCGUCACUGACGGCGACGCCACCGAUUCCUCCAGCGACGACGAGCCCGAGGCGUUCUUCGGCCGCCAGAGAGUGAAGAAGUAUGUGAAUGAGAUUUCGAUUGAGUCGUGUUCCAGGGAGGCCGAGGAGUCGGCGGCGGCGGCGGUCUGGAAGAGCAGGACGUCCAGGACGGUGAGGAAGAAGGCCGCCGGAAAAACCGUGGUUCCGGCGACUCACCGGACUUUGAAGCCCGCGCCCGGGAAGAAGUUCCGGGGAGUGAGGCAGAGGCCGUGGGGGAAAUGGGCGGCGGAAAUCAGAGACCCGUUCAGGCGUGUACGGCUCUGGUUGGGUACGUACGAUACGGCUGAGGAAGCGGCUAUGGUGUACGACAACGCCGCCAUCCAGCUGCGUGGACCUCACGCGCUCACCAACUUCCACUCUCCUCCGGCGGUCAAGUCAGAGGGGGAGGAGCGCGAGGCAGACAUUAUGUCCAACGUUAAGCCGGUCGUCAGUUACGGCUACAAUUCCGGCGAGGAGUCACACAACACUAUCUGCUCCCCAACCUCCGUGCUCCGCUGUCCCUCGCCGUCAAACGAAGACGACUCUUCGUCGCCGAGUCCCAAACAACAACCUCAACAACAACUCGAAGUCCGGGAAGACUCUUGUGUUUCCGAGAACUUCUCGGAGCUCUCCGACCACACCAGCUUCGAGAGCUUCAUUCCAAACGACAUCUUCGAUUUCCAGACGACAAUACCUGACUUCUUGGAAGAGAGCAGUGUUUUCAAAGAAAGCUUCUGCGAUUUCGGAAAUUUCGGCGACAUCUUCGCCGAUUCGGCUGUGGAUUUCGGGUUCGGAUCCUCCGCCACCACAACCUGCGACUAUUUCCAAGACAUCGGCGACCUCUUUGCCUCCGACCCUCUUGUCGCUUUAUGAGUUUGUAAUAAUAACUACCACCGCUUGGUUUUUUCUGUUCUCGGUUGUUGCCGGUUUGUCGGCAAAUUUUGUAUCGGCGGGAAUGAAAAAUAUCGGUGGCUUUUUUAUUUAUUUAUAUUAUUAAUUUUGUAAUUUCAGUUUUUUGGUUUGUAUUAAUUAUUUAUAUUUAUUAACGGUGAAAUGAGACCGAGUUCGGCUAA